AUGCACGACAUAUUUCGAGAUGCCCCGGUCGGUCACUGCCUUCGCUUCCUCACUUGCAACAGAAUCGCCGGCUUUCCUGAGCAGUAUUCACACUUCAAAGUACCGGAACGCUUUUCGAAGCCUCUACACGGAGUAACGGUAUCCAGAGAAAGCCAUGGCGGCUAUGGUGGUGGUGGUAGUGGCGCUGACGAGCAAAGAUCUGGCGGUCCUGAAGCCCAAGCCAAUGGCGACGUUGAAAAUGGCACUCUCCAGGAUUCAGACAGUCCAGUGGGCCAAGGGGGAAAAAAAAGUGAUCUUGAUGGAGGCUAUACAAUAGUCACAUGGUACUCCGAUACCGACCCGGACAAUCCUCAGAAUUGGUCCCCUGUGAAGAAAGGCUGGAUCUCCUUCGUCAUACUUCUGUACACCUUCACCGUCUAUGUCGGCUCAUCCCUAUACGUUGCCAGUAUCCCGGAUAUCCUCAAAGCAUUUGACGUGGCACCAGUUAUAGGGUCUCUCGGACUGUCUCUUUAUGUCAUCGGAUACGGACUCGGACCUAUGUUAUUCUCACCGCUGUCGGAGAUCCCUGCCGUGGGCCGCAAUGCUCCUUACAUUGUCUCGUUCUUCACUUUUGUCAUCCUCUGCAUUCCAACUUGUCUGGUCGACAAUAUGCCUGGGUUAUUGGUUCUUCGGUUCUUGCUGGGGUUCUUUGGCUCUCCCUGCCUGGCCACAGGGGGAGCCAGCUACGGAGACUUCUACGGCGCAAGGGAGAUGCCCUACGUGAUUGCCUUAUGGGGCGGUGGUGCAACAUUGGGUCCAGCUCUCGGACCAUUGAUAGGCGGCUUCGCUGUGCAGUCGAUGAGUUGGCGAUGGAGCUCUUGGGAACUUCUUUGGCUGUCCGGCCUCAGCCUUGGCCUCAUGUUCGUGUCUCUCCCUGAGACAUCCUCUGAUACCAUUCUCCUUUACCGGGCAAGGCGGCUACGGGUGCUCACUAGCCGAACCGACAUUAAAGCCGAGUCCGAAAUUCGACAGGCAAAGCUGUCUGCCUUAGACAUUGCCCUCCAGGCUUUAAUCAAGCCGUGGCAGAUCAAUGCACUUGACCCGGCUGUCCUCUUCACAACCAUCUACACGGCGCUCACCUACGGCAUCUACUACUCCUUCUUUGAAUCCUUCCCUAUCGUGUAUGGCAAGCUGUAUGGGUUCAACCUGGGCGAAGUUGGCCUGGCCUUCCUUGCUGUCUUGGUGGGCCUGGUCAGUGCCGUUACCUUGUACUGUUCCUACUUCUAUUUCUGGGCAGCUAAGAGACUUGCUCGAGCUGCAGCGAAGUCCGGGUCAGUUCCACCUGAAGCGCGUAUCUGGCCAGGCCUCAUCGCCACCUUUUUGAUACCAAUAGGGCUGUUCAUAUUCGCUUGGACUGCUCGCAAACACGUCCAUUGGAUCUUUAGUCUCCUCGGUGUCGCAAUCAACAUGGUGGGUGUCUUCACCAUCACGCAGUGCAUGUUCAUCUACCUCCCGUUCACAUAUCCUCGGUAUUCGGGCUCCCUUUUCGCUGCGAACGGACUCGCACGCAGCGCCUUCGCCGCCGGCGCCAUUUUGUACGCUCGCCCCAUGUUUGAUCAGCUGGGAGUGUCUGGCGGAGUCAGUCUCUUGGGCGGGUUGACUGUGCUGUGUGUCUUUGGCAUCUAUGGAAUUUAUUUCUUCGGUGCUAACCUGAGGAAGAGGAGCAAGUUCGCGGUGUCUUAA